AAAUUAGGACUUCUUCUUUCUGAUCCUCGCUCAUCUAGACAAGUGUGUCAGAGACUGUGAAAAAGGAUGUUUAGCUAAUGUGUUUAUGAGUACGUUCUCUUGACUGUUGUGUUUCAGCUGUUCUGCUGCCUCCUUGUUUGCAACAAAUAUGGAUCAAGUCACACCAACAGACGAUUACUGGAUCUAUGACUAUGAGAAUUAUACCACACCCCCUGACAUGAGAAGGAGUCAUGCAGUCCCAUGCUUACAGGAGGAUAUCUACAGUUUUGCACAGAGGUACUCCCCUGUUAUAUACAGUCUGGUGUUCCUCCUGGCUUUUGUGGGCAACGUGCUGGUGCUGUGUGUGAUCCAACGCUACAGAAACUCUCAGAGUGGUGCAGCCUGUGCCUUCUCUUUGACGGACACCUUCCUCCUUCACCUGGCCAUUUCUGACCUCCUGCUGGCCUUCACCCUACCUCUGUUUGCAGUGCAAUGGGCUCACCAGUGGGUGUUCGGCUUGGCUGUUUGCAAGAUCUCUGGUGCCCUCUUCUCCCUGAACCGCUACAGUGGCAUCCUUUUCCUGGCCUGCAUCAGCUUUGACCGCUACCUGGCCAUCGUUCACGCUGUCAGCUCUGGCUGGAAGCGCAACACCUGCCAUGCCCAGAUUGCAUGUGCCGUCAUCUGGGUGGGCUGCCUGGGCCUGAGUGGAGUGGAACUUACCUUCAAACAGGUAAUGCCAGUGAACACUGUAGGCCAUCAUAAGGUGCUCCUGUGCCAGGUGUGGUUCACUGAGAACUCCACACAGUGGCAGGUGGGGCUGCAGCUAAUCAGUGUGAUUCUGGGUUUUGGGCUUCCCUUGCUGAUCAUGCUCUACUGCUACAUCCGGAUCUUCAGGUCUCUCUGCAAUGCCACUCGCCGCCAAAAGCGCAAGUCUCUCCGCCUCAUCAUCUCCUUAGUGUCUGUGUUUGUCAUCUGCUGGGCACCGUACAACUGCUUCCAACUAACAGACAGUCUACAAAGGCUGGGCGUGGUGACUGGAGGUUGCCAGUUUGGCCGUGUAGUGGACAUUGGGACUCUGAUAACUGAAAGUGUGGGGCUGUCACACUGCGCCCUGAACCCUCUGCUGUAUGGCUUUGUGGGGGUGAAGUUCAGGAGAGAGCUGGCCAGAAUGUGUAAAGGGUUGCUGGGACAGAGAGGCUGGCUGGGGAUGCAGGAAUGGAGGGAGAGGAGGCCUAGAAGAACCACGGGAUCAUUCAGUUCUGCAGACAGUGAAAACACGUCCUACUCUGUCAUGGUGUGAAACCGUUUAGAGAAACAGGAAAAGAGAGAUGCGCGAAGAUAAGUGUGUGUGUUGUGUAUGUGUGUGUGUGUGUGUGUGAGGAGGCUUGUGGUUAAGAGAUAAGUAGAAAGCAAACUGAAGUGAAUUCAGAGAAAGGAUUAAAUAAAAAUAUAUACUCAUAUAUACUCAGUUUAAUUAAGACUUUAAAAACAUUCUCAGAGGGAAAAGCUUUCUGCCUGUGAUGUAUUUCUUCCACUGGUGCUUUGCCAUCUGGUCGCUGAUAUGGUGCAGCUCACAACACAUGUAACCUUUUUGUGAGAACCUUUUGUGUCCAUAGGUCAAAUCUUGUGAAACAUCAAAAUUUCUGCAUACUCCAGUUAAAAUGUAGCAUGUGGCUUCAAUAUUCAGAGUUAUAUUUUAUCCUUACACUUAGUAAGGAUGCAGUAAAACAAGUUAUAGCUUAUAAAACAGUGAAAACGGCUGUAUAUGUGAAAAGUUGUGCGUGUUCAAAUUCUAAUUUUCUUUUUUUGAUAUACAGCUGUUCUUGCAGCUGUGUGCUUCAAAAUUGAACUUGGUGUUGCAAAAGAGGAAAUACAGUAUGACUAAUUUUGAUUUUUUUUAAAUCCAACCUCUUUGUUAUGUACAAAGAUUUUUAUAAUAAAUAUUUUGGAAUAAAAAUAUAUAUAUGCAUCAACA